CCCAAAGCCCAAGCAUCAACAACUAAUGAUGUGUUGAUGUUGAAUUGCCUGCCCGCCCAUUGGAUUUCUUAGUGCUACCUCGACUUCGUAGUUCUACCGCCCAACCCAAGUGCAUCCUGCGCUGUGUCACACCGUCGUCCCCGUCCUCAUCCCGUGCCUGUCCUCUAUGCCUGUGCCUGCCUGCCCCCAGUGAAGAAGUCGAAGUCUUCCAGCUUCAGCCGGGAGGCAAGAAGCGACGAGAUUCACCGCCGACCGCAGUGCCCCCCCUCACGCACGCCCAGUUGCAGCAAUUGGAUACCCUUGACCGGCGGACCUUGGACCUUGGAUAAUCUCGAUGUUGGUCAAGUUCCUUCUGCUGUCUCUGCCAGACCCAAGACUUCCCCUGAUCAAGACUCAAGUCAUCCAAGUCCUCUACUUGGGAGUAGUUGCGAGGGUCAAGCAAAGCAAAGCUACCAUAAGGAGCGUGCGCUGACGGGAUACCAUCAUCCAGUUCAACAGAGCCCCACCAUCAAGACCACGAACCACCACGAUCCCAACCCCGACCCAUCGCUUCCUCGGAAAAGGAGCACCUGCGAGUCUGUGAUUUUCCCAUCUUGCAUCAACCGCCUAACCACCGAGAUAUCUACAGAGAGCUCCCUCUUCCUCACGAGCGGUGACUUCUGCAAUUUCCAUCAAACAUUGUUGCGCCUUGAACAAACGGCAUCCUCAAAGCCAAGCGUGUCUACGGCCAGAGACUCGAACCCCAUCACCCUGCCCAUGCCUACCUAUCCAUACCAAUUAUCAGACCUUGUCCCGAUAGCAGUCGUACGCCUUUACAUGUGUGCCAACCUCCAGCAACGCGUCUGAUCCAUUCCACCACCCCCUCUUUUGCCUUCCUGCUGCGCGGCUGGAGAACGACGUUUCCUACAUCAAUCAUAACAGUAAUUCGGGUCUCGCUCGGAUGUGGAAGAGUGCGCAGAAAGAGAAAAAAGAAGAACCCGCUGAUAGUUCGAGCAAUUCGCGCAUCAUGAAGGGCUUCAGGCAAAGAGUUGUAAGUCAGCCCGUCGGGUGUGAGAAUGGAGCAUAGCAAGCAUAGCAAGCAUAGCAAGCAUAGCAAGCAUAGCAUAGCAUAGCAUCGCAAGCAAUGAAGCUAGCCCGCUGCCAGCUAGCUUCCAGCUGCCCUACGCGAGCAAGCAAGACUUCUGGAUUUUGUAAUUGACCGCAUGCUUACUCUCUUAGCAUGAGCAGCUUUCGCGCACGAAAGACCCAAAAUCAAAGUCCAAAAAAGAGUCCAAGGACGGCACCUCGUCUCCCUCGCAAGCCGGCUCCUCGAGAGACCAAGGUCAGUCUCCCGUCGCAACCCCCUCUUCCUCGACGACCACCCUCAACGAUCCUCGAAACAAACCUCUCCCAACAAAUGAUGGUGUAGCUUCAAAUGCCGGUUCAAGCCCCGCUGCACAACCACAGACGGGCUUAAAUCCAGGCCCUGUUGCACCUGAUCGGUUCAAUACCACGAUGAAUGUGAGCCCUUCCAAGUCCUCUACACCGGGCACACCUAAUCGUCACCACCAGCUCCCUCCUAGCGUCGUAAUUAGUCCCAGCGCGCCUGUAAGUAUUGACGACCAUCAAUGGAUAAUUUCGCGCUAACCAUCCAUCAUCAAGCACGUUCCACCGCCAGGAGCCGCAGAAACGAUGCCACACGAUUUAGCGCCACCCAAGGCAGGGCAGAAGUCACUAAUGUUCCACGGCCUACAAACUACGCCAAAGGAUGUUCCCGAGGGGCUGAGAACGCCAAAGAGGCAGCAUUCGUCACGAUUCGAUAUCUCUCCGCAACGUGAACUUGAGAAGUUGCCUGGAUUCCAUGAGGUCCCCCCAAAUCGCCGACAGGAACUCUUUAUGCAAAAGAUAGACCAAUGCAAUGUCAUAUUCGACUUUAACGACGCCAGUGGGGAUAUGAAAUCCAAGGAGAUCAAGAGAUUGGCAUUACACGAACUUCUCGACUAUGUUGCAAACAACAGGCAGGUCAUUACGGAAGCCAUGUAUCCUCGAGUGGUGGAUAUGUUUAGCAAGAAUCUUUUCCGACCAAUUCCACCACCCAUGAAUCCUCAAGGAGAGGCCUUUGAUCCAGAAGAGGAUGAGCCGGUUCUUGAAGUUGCAUGGCCACAUAUUCAAGUUGUUUACGAGUUCUUCUUACGCUUUAUCGAAAGUCAGGACUUCAAUACCAACAUUGCCAAGCAAUACAUAGAUCAUAGCUUCGUUCUGCAACUUCUAGAGCUGUUUGACUCCGAAGACCCGAGAGAGAGAGAUUUCCUCAAAACCACCCUUCACCGAAUAUACGGCAAAUUCCUGAACCUCAGAUCGUACAUACGACGAUCCAUCAAUAAUGUAUUCUUCCAAUUCGUUUACGAGACUGAGCGAUUCAAUGGUAUUGCAGAGUUAUUGGAGAUUCUUGGUUCAAUUAUCAACGGGUUUGCUUUACCCCUCAAGGAAGAGCACAAGCUAUUCUUGACUCGAGUCUUGAUUCCAUUACAUAAAGUCAAAAGUUUGAGCAUGUACCACCCUCAACUGGCUUAUUGUAUUGUCCAGUUCUUGGAAAAAGAUGCGGCGUUGACCGAAGAGGUACAGUAAUUCUAGUGGAUAAUUGUACACGAGCUUACCAAAUAUAGGUUGUUCUUGGCUUGUUACGAUAUUGGCCCAAGGUAAACAGUACCAAGGAGGUCAUGUUCUUGAAUGAGGUCGAGGAUAUCUUUGAGGUCAUGGAUCCAGCAGAAUUUGCCAAGGUUCAGGAACCUUUAUUCCACCAACUCGCCAAAUCCGUUGCCAGCCCUCAUUUCCAAGUGGCGGAACGAGCGUUGUACUUUUGGAAUAACGAGUACUUUUGCAAUCUCGUCAGCGAUAAUGUUGAAAUCAUUCUUCCAAUCAUGUUUGCGCCCCUCUACGAGAACUCAAAGGGUCAUUGGAAUCGGUAAGCAAUUUUAUGAUCCUUGUAAGGGUUAACAGAAACUAACUUUGGUAGAACGAUUCAUGGUAUGGUCUACAAUGCGAUGAAACUUUUCAUGGAGAUCAAUCCUCAACUAUUUGAUGAUUGUUCACAUGAUUACACCGAACACCAGAACAAUGCCGAGGCUCGUGAGCUUGCGAGAGAAAACAAAUGGAAAGCACUAGCAGAUCAAGCCAGCCGGUCGAAAUCCAAUGGGACUGUACGACCUGGACACGUUUCGUCGCCAUCUCGAAGCAAGAUCACUACCCCAUUACGAGUAGAUGAGGUGGACCCAAUGACGGAGGAUAAUCAAAAGAGGCUGGACUCGCUCAAGCUUCAAGAUGCGGAUCGACGGGAUAGAAGGCCGGCACAUGAUCGACAAAACUCGGUAGGCUCCUCCAGAAGCCAGCGAUAAUCGUAUUUGGAAUUAUGCUUGUAUGCCCUAUCUUUUAGGAUGCCCGCUGCCUUUGUUCCACAGUUUUGUCGCGAAUAGAUGUUUUUUGGCCCACGCAUUACUUACUAUUCAAUUGCUCCCUUCUCUCCCACUCAAUUCAAUUCAAUUCAAGUUCAGCAUUUUUUGUGUACUGCUCGUUGUUUCUCCCUCUCUCCGAUUUGCAUCGUUCUGGUCUUUUGGGUGUUUUUGGUUUGACUUGAUGAUUUGGUCGGUUGAGGUUGACGAUGGUGUGUUUUACUCUUGUAGAAAUCACCCGGGUAUAGUCCUAAUUCUUCUACCGCCUCGAGUCGAACACCAGGUGUACCGAGGGUCCAUGACCGAUCGAGGAAGAGUUCGGUGGAUACGGCGAUUUCGGUGGACGACGUUACAGGUGAUUAUCAGAUGGCGCGGACUAUUAGUGAUGAGCAUGCUAGUCAACUUUCUUAAUAUGGGGAACCACACUCUUGAUGGGACUCGAUGGGAAGCAGCUA